UGGGCAUGCUCGGAGGCGAUGGAUGUGUUUGACUUUUGUCGUGAAGUUUACCAUGUGCUAGAGCCUAAGAGAGCAGUAUUUUUUUUUUUUUUGCCAAGGUAAAUGAACUUGCAAAUAUCAAACCGUAGCGAAACAUGAUCAAACGAAGAAGGUACCGGGGCUGCAAUGGGCGUCGGGCAGAACGUGCAGACAACUGCCGGUUCGCAGCUUAUCGCCUGUCUUGCAUAAAGUCCCUCAAUCAUUAUAGAGGGACCUUAGUCUUGCAGGGUUAGUGGCGGUGACUGUGGCAGUGAUCUCCGGUGAUCCUUAGGUUGCAACGUGCUACGGUGGCACCUACUAUACGAAGUUUCAUCUGUGGUCCUGUGGUUGCUGCACUGAACACGAGCCAUGGCAGUGGACGUGAAACCAGAACACAACAUGCAACGUCUGCACAAGGCUUUGUCCAAGGACAAUAAUAUCACGGAGAGGAACAAGUCAAUCCUGAACAAGCUCUUAAAGGACCUCUGUGAAGAGAUGAAGAAGGAGAACCGCUUGUUCGCUCUGAUAUUUAACAGGCUAUAUUACACUGGAAGCAGCUACGAAGGGCUGCGCAUACGGCAAGCUGAUGAAUUCGACAUCAAUCUUGUUAUGAAACUGCCUGUUGAGGAAGAUGAUUUUAAGCUGGUUGCCGAAACACCUGGUCAUGUGAGCUACACUCUGACCAGGGUUUGCUACGAGCGCCUACUGGAGACCAUGAAGGGGCCAGAAAUUAAGUCUUUUUGUGACGUAUUCAGCAACGAUCUCAAGUUUCAGCCCUUAUUGUGGCAGCAGUGGUUGCAGUCUGUCAUGGAUAAGGCCCGGGAAGCCUAUAGGCUACAGCACGAAAAGGAAGACUCUGAAUAUUUUGAGCUGACAGUGCGGCAGAGUGGGCCUGCCUGGACGCUGCUUGUGCACCUUUCCGACGGGAGCCAAAUAGACAUAGACUUGGUGCCUGUAUUGGAGCACGACUUCAAUUGUCUUCCUGCGAAUGUGCCUCGUCAAAAGUGGUUCGAGGAACUUCUCGAAAAGCAGAAUGACAAAAAGUGGUUCAUGGUUCCAAAGCCGCCCAAAGAUAAUCAGAACCUCUGGCGCAUUCACUUCCCAAAUGCCGAGAAGAAGUUGAUAAAGCACUUGGGAUGCAUCAAGCCAACAAUCAGAUUUCUAAAGGCUCUGAGGGACAAGCAAAAAUGGCCGCUGUCUUCUUACUCUAUCAAGACUGUGGUGAUGCACCACAGACUGGAGAAUCGAGAGAACGUGUACUGGCAGAAUGAGCACCAGUGGACAGUGUUGCUUGAUGUACUUAUGAGGCUCCGUGUGAUGUUGCAUCCUUCUGGGCCAGGUAUUUGUUCUCUCUUUGACAACAACGUGAGUCUAAUUGGAGACAUGAGAGAUGACACAAGAAAAAACAUAGCCCAACGCCUCCUGAGAAUUUCGAACAGUCUGGCCAACAAUCCCGAGAGAGUUCUUGAAUUUUUCCUGGAGACAUCUGCUGUCACUAGUGAAAACUCUCCCACCAUGGAGGAAAAUCUGAGUCACUCAUUGUCGAGCCUCUCUUUGACAGCCAAUGAAGCCUCAACUUGUGAUAUGUCUUCAGACUCUAAGGCGGGCAGCAGGGACUCAUCUUUUGUCGAUGGCUUCAUUGAUAAAAGAACCUGCAGUAGCUCUCCUAUCCGUACAUCAACCUACAUGAAUGACGUAAGCAUUGUUAUCAUGCAGAAAGUAGUUGGGAUGGACACGAACCAUCAGAAUGCAGACAACAAUGUUCAAGUCGCAUUGUCUGUUCUAGUUGAUGAUCAUUUACGUGCCGAGAUCUGCUGCAGCGUGCCGUGCUGUCGGCAGCAGGAAAUAGAAAUUUUUAAUGAAGGCCCGACAGCACCGUCUUCGUUAGUCUUGAAGCAGCGCUUCGAGCUGACUGGCAAGGCAGCGCCGCCUACGCCAGUGGAAACGGAGCUCUCAGUAAUGAUUGCAGGAAGGCAACUCCUGAAGUCGUGCAUGUACCUGCAAUUACAGCUCCGUGUUGAAGAGUGCGAAGUGCGUCUGCCAUUUCCUCGAAGUUAUAGAGCUUUGAAGUGUUCAUAAGGACUUGGUCAACAUAUUGAUUUUUAUGCACAUUUCCACUGUUUACACUUGUGUUUUGAGGAGGGGUGUAAGCAUUUGUUUGUUUGUGAUUGCUUGACUCCAGCAGAUAUUGUGGCAGUGUUGGAGAAGCUUUCAUUGAAAAUGUUUAUACUGCAUGAUUCAUUUUAAGGUGCUGCUGAAAGGAUAUUGUCCCAUGAUGUUGCUAAAUGCAGUACUCUCUUGGAUAGAAAUUACUGCCCUAGCUGAAGACAAGCUAUUGUUGAAGAAAACAGCUAGAGCUGGCUAUCUGAAGCACUGCUUGCAUAGUCAAGCAGUGCAGUUUGUGCAGCAAACAAAUUGGGGAGAGUAAAGUCUGUUUUACGUACCUUGAUAUUGCCUGCGAUUUUACCCCUUGGAUUUGCAGAUGCGGCAGAUGUACUGUUGGCCCCUUCAUGCUUAUGAUUUUUGAUGCUUGGAGGUGCUGAACUUUUCUGUGAAUUUGCACAUGCGACAUGGUUGGGGAACCACUAACUGUGCUGAUCAUCAGACAUGUCACAGUGACCUGCCUGCUUUGUUUUUGUUUUGAUUGAGUAACGAGUUAAAACACGAAAAGCUUUUCAUAAAGUCUCACAUUGUUUUCAAAGACGCAGUUUGAAUAAGUGUGUUCGAAGAACAAUUCAGCCUUAUUCCGCUGGGUGCGUGCAAAUGCAAAAUUCGCAGCCACCGGAAUCGGUGCAUGUGAAAUGUCAAUGCGAAAUUGCAGGCACAUGGAACAGGCAUAACAAGCUGUUUCUCUUUGUAAGUGAAAUUGUGCAUCUAGGGAUUUAUAAAUGUGCGGUGAUAUCUUUACCAUCUGAUGUACACUGGCACUGUUUUUGUCUCGUAUGUCUGCAAUCAGUCUGUUGUUUGUAAUGUAAAGAACUUCCACUUCCCAUGGCUACUUUGUAUACUCUAAAGAAAGUUACUACCCUUUGGGUUGUAUAUAGUCCCCAAACAGCAAUCAUCGUCUGUCUUGCUUGUGUUUUUUUUCUCGAAAACUUUUUUCUCACUAGUUUUUGCCAUUGUGAACGCUGUUUGUGCCCAUCAUAAUCAUCUGUAAAAACAGUUUUACCCUAAUAUAGCAAAAUUUUCGCUAUAAUAAAGUAUUUAACUGUUUAUAAAUUUUUUCAAUUUUUUCUAUCACUAUAUUGAAUUUCAAUGUAAUGAAGUGUGUUUAUAAGCGAUUUGAGUGCAACAAAAUUUCGCUGCCCCCCAUGAAGGUAUACCAAGACAAUGAAUGGAAACUUCCAUGGAUGCAGAUGUUGAAAUGCUUGAAUUACGUGCAGCUGCCUGUGAACGAAACUCUCCAAUCGUGCCCUGCGCGUCUGAGAGCGACCACCAAGGUGGAGCAGUGUCGUGUUCCAUAUAAACUCCAGGUGUGAUUAAAUCCUAUCACACCCCACGCGCUGUAUGCUUUAGGUGUGAGUGAAAGCAUGCAAGUGAGCCGCGAAGGAUGAUGGCUUGAUGAGCGCCAUCUUCCCGCAUUAGCAAGGGGAAAGGGUGAAGGGAAGCGAGCUCACUGUAAUGCUAUCAAGUGCAUGGCGAAAGAUGGUGGCUGAGUGCAGGCUAGGUUGGUGCAUGUCUCCUUUUCUAGCACGGCCGCUGCUGCACAUGGCUGUAAGCGAGGCUAGCGCAUAUGCAGCCCACGCGUCUUGCUUUAAGUAAUCUGCUGCAAAGACUGGGCAAACUGAGGUGGUGUGGCAUCAUGUGCUGUCUUCCCAUGUUUUUAGUGCUGGAGGUUGCAUAAUGUUGAGUUUCAGAGAUGUGUUGGAGCUAGAGGCAGAUGAAGUUAUCACUCCCUGCUGCCGGUGCUUUGCAUGACAGCCUUGUCCCUCUGCGGGCAACAUUAUCAGCCGUAGGGGUAGAGUGGAUGUGAAAAUGUGGCUGGCUUUGCCUUGUACCGCUGAUGCGAAGAUACUGUCAACGUGUCAUGGAACUAUUUUUCGCUGCCAGCUAUCAAAUUCAGCAAAAUUUUCUCAAACUUGCUUUUUCCGAAAGCCCGAUGAUUCAGAAAAUUUUGCUGCCCCUUAUUUUGCUGUACUUAUUUGCAUAGAAGAUCAAAUUUCAUUAUAAAGAAAUUUUUAUAUAACGACGCAAUUGCCAAUUUUACUGACUUUGUUAUAUCAAUGUUUAAUUGCACUACUCAUCAUCUUUUGUCUUGCUGGUUGAAUCGGCUCUGUCUCGUGCAGCUGCUCUAGAAUGGAAGCACCACGUUGGCCGAUGUCCAAGUAGGAGGAGACUGGCUCAAUUCCAACACCCUCUUAUUUAUUAAUUCACUUAUUUAUUUUCAGUACUGUGAGCCUUUUCAGGCUGUUACAAGAUGGGCCAAUUCACAACACAAAGAGCAAAUAUAUAAACAGCAUAAUACAAGCAGCACAGUGCAAACUGAAAGCAAAUAUAUAAACAGCAUACAAUGUAAAAAAAGCAGCAGCAUAGAAACAGUGUAGUAUAACUGUUUAUGAAAAUUAAAUAUAUUGAAAUUUUAUUUAUUUUUAAAUCUUAUUUGCACAUACUGCCAGCCCUUACACAGGGCUAUAGCAGGAGAAGAAUACGAACAAUUAUAAAUCACAUAUUUUGUACAUAGAAAAUUGUACACUGAAACACAAAAAGGGACAAUAACUUGAGGUUAAUAACACCAAGAGGUAACAGCAUAAACCGCUGAAGAUAACAAAGACAUAAAGUAAAGUAUAUUAUUUACUAACUAGGAUAUUUCCAAUGUGUUUUGCGAAGAAAUCAACUGAUGAGGAUUAAACUGCUUCUUCCGACAGGGAGUUCCAUUCUUUGAUAGCUCUUGGAAAAAAGCUAUACUUGAAACAAUCGGAAUGUAUAACAGGGGGACGAAUAAACAUUGAAUGACGAUGUCUAGUGGUUCCACCAGAAAGAAUUACCAAAAAGUCUGUAUACCUAAUAUGAACAUGAUGAUGAAUUAUUAGGUAAAUAUAUUUAAGUCUUUCAUAUUUAGAUCUAGCCUGUAAUGUCGGUAGGUCUGCCUGUACACAAAGUUGAGAAGGGGAGUCCGUCCGCCGAUAUUUAUUGAUUAUGAAUCUGACUGCCAGACGCUGUAUUCGUUCAAUUUUUGAUAUAUUUAUGGCAGUGUAAGGGUCCCAGACAACCUUAGCAUAUUCAAUUAUAGGUCUAAUUAAUGUUUUAUAAGCUAGAAGUUUUGUUUCUUGAGUUGUGAAUGGUAAAUUGUGCCUCGGACACCAGAGUGACUUGUUGGCCUUGGCACACACAUAAUCUAUAUGGUGGUUUCACCGAAGAUCACUUGUGAAAAUCAUGCCAAGAUACUUAUGCUGAUCAACUCUUAUAAGUUCAUGAUUAUUAAUAAAAUAAGAAUAGUUUAAGAAAUUUAACUUUCUAGAGACUGUCGUAACUAGUUUUUAAUGGAUUUAGCACUAUUUGCCAUUCAUCACGCCAUUUCUUUAUCUUCUGUAAAUUUGCUUGUAAUGUAGCCUGGUCUCCUACUGUAUCAAUUUUAUUGUAUGUAAUGCAGUCAUCUGCAAAGAGCCUGACGGAAACGUCUAUUUUAUUCGGUAGGUCAUUUAUAAUUAAGAGGAAUAAAAGGGGGCCCAAAACACUGUCUUGGGAAACUCCCGACUUAACACAUGAAAUCUGAAAUCUAAAUUAAACAUUUAGUGAUUCUAGCCUUUGUUUUUUUUUCAAAACUGGUAGGCGAAUUUGUACCGUCAAUAUUUCUGAGUUUAGUUUGUUCCACUCUUCCGGGUGCCGUUUGCACUUGUCAACCACUGGUGACGAACAAUGACUCAUCCACCCCUGCUCAGCUAGCUGGGCCUACUUGAACUGUGAACACCAGGCAAUGAGAACCUCAAGUAUUUGCCGGCCUUUGAUAUCAAAGACUGACUCGACAAUUAUGACAGUAAGUUCUUUCAACCAUUGGGAUGACAUGCAUACACUACAGAAUGUCGCAUUGUACCUCAUUGAUGUUGUUAGAACUAAAGCCCCUGCAUCUACGCGCCACCGCCAGCCAAGCUAAGUACCGCCAACCUAACCUCUUCCUCCACGCUUCUCUCCUCUCACCCCCUUAGCUUCCGGCGUGAAGCGGAACUUACGUAGCUUCAACUUCCUGUUCCGAGUGGAAGUGACGCUAUGUUUUUAGCGUUGUUUACUUUCGAGUCGAUAGAGAGGCUUUAAUUGCACCAGCUGCGGUUGAAACUGUGAAUGCGAUUCCAUCCAAGAACCACCGCCUAUUGUAAUCGGCGAUCUGGUCGUGUUCGCUGCUUCGCGUCAACCUGCGACGGGUUAUGCCACGAGAGACAACGUACAGUGGAAUGUAGUGCCUGGGCGCUUGGAGACCGCUCCCGUUUUUCGUGCAUUUGGAAAACAGCGGCCGCAAACUACUACUUCAGCGGAAUACGACAGCUUGUCCCCUUUUAAUUCUUGUUGUUUUGAAGCAUACAUCCCCUCCAGCCAGCACGUAUGGAGGGACUUUAGUGAAGGAGUUCGCGACGCCAAUUUGUACGGCAGACGCAUAGAGUUUAUGCUGUUGAUUCUGAGGUUGAACUUGUCUCGUACGAUCGAAGGUAGCGAACGUCCCAAGUGCGUGCACUACGUGAAGGACUGCAAUGACGUGAAGCUAUGAAAUAUAACAAGUCCAAAUUUGCGUGGAGGGCAUUCAGUGACAUGGUGAAAACAAGUGUGCUUUUCUUGUGCGAUAUGAGCGGAGGUGUGCAGUGAAUUGGUGCGUGUGCGCGUGUUGUAACGCGUGCAAAGGUGGACGGCGAAUUGUGUGGAUGACGCGAGCAGAUGCGCACUGCGAAUUGUGUGUUGUGACGCGAGCAUCUGCUCGCGUGUACGGCGAAUUAUGUUCGUGUGUUGUGGCGUGAGCAAAGGUGUACGGCGAAUUGUGUGUUGCAACGUGAAAUUACGAUGGCUAUUUUUUUUUUUAUUGCGAGUGUUCAGGAGGCGAACGCGGCAGUAUUUCGGGCGGUAGGUGUGUCAUACUUCUGUUGUCGCGCUUGUAUCCGUCCCUGGCCUAAGCGCUAAAGCACUUCCAUCUACGCGCCACCGAAGUUUUAUGCCGGCAGAAGCGAGGAUGGAGGGGCUUUGUUUAGCCUUACUUACUCAACUUUACUCAAAGCGUCCAAAUUUUGAUGUACGUCAGUUUAGUUAUUGGUCAAAAAGACACCUACUUGUUUGGUGAAGUGGAGCAGCGUUGAUUUGCUGAAUGCUUUCAGAGUUAUUCAAGCUUUGUGAAGUAAAUGUGAAAUUGGCUUACACCUACUGCUAUUGUAUGAACAAAUACUGUGCGUUGCAUGUACCACUCUGUCAACACUUCAUAUGCCUACAUUUUGUAUAUAUUCUGUUCGUAAAGGCCAACUGUCCUCCACCUUGCAGUAAAAAGAAAGUUCAUACAGGUCGUUAUCGCCGAGAGGCGCCGGGGCGGGUGAUUUCCAACGUGCCGGACACAUGCAGCAGCCGAUGAUGCAGCCACAGUCCAUGGCUCUCCGCACUUUGUCAGCGAAAGAGGACGACAGGCAAAGCGUGUGGGCGCAGCGUACGCAAACAAGCGCGUAGAUGCACGCGAAUGACGCUUGGUGGAAUGGCUAGCGCGAGCAACUCAGAUUCGCACCGGUUGCUUAGCACGGGCGCCUCACCAUCGUCUGCAAUGGGAGCGAAAAUUCUCGCAGCGCAACUCCAGGAAGCGGAAACGCCGGAACCGGAAAUACCGGAAGCGGAAAUGCCGGAACCGGAUUUGGUGUGAGGGGAAAAGGCGGCGCACACAAAGGUUGGCGCUACUUAAGAGAGCGGCGGUGGCGCGUAGAUGGAGGGGCUUUAGUUAGAACGUGGUUCCUCAACCAUGAAUGUGACUUCCCUGAUUGGUCAGCAUUCACUCAGCAACUGCGCCAGAUAUUUGGCACAUCUGCUGGAUGCCCAGUAGUGAAAUGGAAACUGGCGAUGCAUAUACAUGAAGUGAACGAAUCCUAGAUGACAUGAUACAUUGAGGACAUCCUGGCUCUGUGUUGUCACAUGCAAAGUGACAUGACAGAGGCUGAUCGUGUUCGCUACAUACUGAAAUGCAUAAACUCCAUCAUCUUCAAUGCUCUUGCCAUUCAAAGCCCAAACUGAGUUUAUGACAUUAUCACGACAAGCCAGCACCUUGACACAUUCUAUUCCAUUUGCCUUCCACACACCUCUUGCAGCACAUGCCUCAUCGGCAAUGCUAAGUUUCUAGCACUGAAAUGUAGUAUUAGAGAAAUUCACAGGCACAUUUCCAGUCUCACAAGUAUUGCGUCCGUUUGCCCUCCUCCUGACCUGCAUGAUAUCUUUAAAAACAAACUGGCCUAAAUGACCGGUGCAUAACCUGCUAAGUCCCCUGUGCCUCUUCCUAUGGCUAUGUAUGCAGAUAUUGCUUCAUGGCCUCGUGCAUCAAUUCCACCUGUGCAUGGGGAUGUUUCUUCCAUCUGGCCUUGGCGUCGGCGAAGGUCCCUGCACCACCGUAUUACUCACCAUGGCGUUCUUCGUGCCCUUUUGCUUCUACUGUGGCAUUUGUGGCCAUAUUUCAUGCUACCGCUGUUGGCAUCAGCAAGCUGGAAGAUGCGGUGUGCUACAUUUGAGAGAUAUUAAUCUUUGAUUUGAUGCCUACAUUCCUGGACACUACACAUCCUUGCUAUGUUGCUCUCCCUCAUCUCUGCUUUCAAGGCAUGCCUCAAGCUUCCCGCUCGCCUGUGUCAGUCUCCCUUCUGGCAUUAUUCAUUGCACCUACAUGCUCAAUUUCCUCAAUCAAACACACUAAAAGACCUUUAUUUGCAGCUUUCUCUGAUUAGCAUCCAACUUUCGUCGCUUUGUCCGUGACUUCACCAUCAUCGCAGCUCCUCUUCACAAUCUUCUGGCCUUGGGCACGUCUUGUCUGGUCAGGUGGCUGUGAAACCACCUUCUGGAAAGUCAAGCGAUGCUUCACUUCAGAACCAGUGCUCUGCCAUUUCGAUCCAACAGCCUGUACUAUCCUAAAGGCUGGUACAAGUGGCCACGGAAUCAGUGCUAUCCUGCUUCAGCGGAAUCUCGUGUCCGAAGAGCAAGUUGGGGGUUGCAUAAUACAAAACUUUCGCCCUUAUCUGACGGCCACGAUUUAACAAUUGUGACUGACCGUUGAGCUUAGGUUGGCUGUCAUCUCUAAAAAAUUUCUCCGGACGCUUUGGCCGUUGGGUGUUGCCUUUGCAGGUGUAUGGCUACACAGUGAGGUAUAGGGGCAGACAACAUCAUGGUGCCAACACUUUGUCGUGCUGUCAGCUGUCACCAAAUGCUUCACCUUUGAUCUGCUCUGCACCGUCCAGCCAAGAGACCAAGCAUAUGCCCGGUAGCCUAGUACAGUUUAUUACCUCAGUUGAUUUUCUUGCGUCUGCUGACCUUGUCUUGCUCCAAAAUACAGAUUCAUAAUGCCACAUGAUCAUCGUUCGGCUCACUGGCUUAGCCCUCCCUCUCAACAGCUGCUUAAGAUGACAACUUUCAAGUUUUAAACUUCAAGAUGGAGCAUUAUUUUGGCAAUUUUGCCAUUCUUCCAGUAACCAAUGGAUCCUGGUCGUCCCUCACUUUGACAUCACAAUUCGGAAGCUUUCCUCGAUGAUGUGACAGCUGGUCACUUAGGAUUUCACAAAACCUAUGAUCAUAUCAUGACUCACUGUUUCUGGCCUGCCUCUCCACUAAUGUCACCAUUUACGUUGGCUUCUGUGCAUUUUGCCAACACCGAAAACGUUCGACAUCCCUUGCCGCCGGCCCCCUUGCAACCUGUGCCAUGCCCAUCUGCUCCCUUUGAAUUUGCGGGUGUAAACUUGUAUGGCCCCCUUCCACUUGCACCCACCGGUCACCUCUGGAUUGUUACCACCGUGGACCAUCUUACUUGCUACGCUUAGACUGCAGCUGUUCCCUCUGGUGCUGCCUCCGAAGUCAGUUUUUUUUUCCUGCACGCUAUCAUUUUGCAUCAUGGUGCACCUCGUGUCCUCCUUAGUGAUUGUGGCAAGACAUUCUUUUCUCAUGUUCUUGCUGAAGUCCUCCAGGCCUCUAACACCAUCCAUAAUAUCGCAUCAGCGUAUCAUCCAUAAACAAAUGGUCUCACUGAGCAUUCUCAUUGAACUUUGUCCGACAUGAUCUCCAUGUAUGUUCAACUCGAUCACACAAACUGGGACAUCAUUCCUCCACUGCCGCCCAGUGCACAUCUAAUUACAGUCCCUUUUUUCUCGUGUACGCCGUGCACCAUCUUUUGUCUUGAAUACUGCCUUCCUUUCAACACCUGCUGCUUCAUCUGCAUCCCUUCCAGAAAAGUUGCUGCUUGAAUUGCCUGUGUCAACCCCGCUACCAUUCAAGACAAAAGAAAAUUCAUUGUAUGCAACGCGUUGCAUGGCUUCAUUCAACCCAGGCAACAAUGUUCUCCUGUAGACACCUGCUUGCCCUCCAAGGCUCUGUGAAAAGUUUCUUGAUUAUCUUGGCUAAUGCAGCAUUCUGCGAAGAAUGUCUGCUGUAUCCUGUCACUCCUGUUAGCUUGACUACUGACAGCCGUUGCCGCAGCACAGAAAUCGUCCAUGUCUCUCACUUAAAGCCGUACAUCGCUGACUGCUUUCAUGAGGGGGAAAAGUUAGUGUGAGCACUAUUUGUGCACGUUCUCAUGUGCACACACUACUCAUCAUCUUUUGGCUCGCCGGGUGUGUCAGCUCUGUCUCUCGCGGCUGCUCUAGAUAAAAGCAACACAUCAGCUGAUGUCUCCAAAUAUUUCCCAUCGGCAAUGCUAUGUCACGCUGAUAACAUUAAUUCCAUUUGUUAACUGAAAGUACUGGGCAUGCAGCAUUAAUGUAAGCAUAGAUGACAUUUAUUGUUUAGGGACAAGAUAAACCACAAAGUGCGCAAACUUUUCUUAGUGUGUAAACCAUGUUAUUUUUUCUAUCUUUAUUGCCAUGGUGAUGACAAUUGGGAAAUCACCAUUCAUGAUGACCAUUGACUUGUACAUGGCAGUUAUGACUCUUGCAAUGUUCUAGUUGAUAGCUUGUGCAUAAAGUCUUCAACGUAGUAGUUCUGCGGAAACCUGCAGGUUGGAGAGGAGUAAUGAAUAAAUGGAAAAUCAAACAUCCACCCGUUCGUAGCAAAUGCUACAAAUGGGUGGAUGGGUUUCCUUUGUAGCAAUUGCUACGAACGGGUGGAUGUCUGAUUUUCCAUUUAUUCAUAAAGUCUUCAAUAGAGAUUUUAAAUCAGGGAAUGCCAGCAGCACCCAAGCAUUGGGGGAUGAAAACUCCAUUGUGGGCCUUUUGUGCUCGAUUUGGGUUCUUUUGUAUGCCCGGCAUCCCCUAGUCCAAAACUGUAAUGUUUGCCAAAUUACACAAUUUACUUGUAAGUUAUCUUAACCGUGUAACAGAAACAGCGGUUGUAAGCACUUCUCAGCCAAAUUCAUGGUGUAUAUUGGCACCACAUCCCGUAUACACGGUGGCGUCACUCUCUAUGCAACUACAAAUAAUUUUAUCUUUUAAUUUUCUUCGUUUUAAUGAAAUAAACCUUAUUUGGGAACUUCA